CCCUGCUGUCCCUUCAGACCCCAGGCUCCAGAUUCCCUUGGCCCAGCUAUGGGGAAAGGCAGAGCUCCCACCCUCGGCCUGGCCCUAGUCCUGGCCCUGCUCCUGACCCCAGGGGAAUGCAGCUUCUGCCCGGGCGUGAGUCCAGGGAUCCUGGCUGGGAUCGUGCUUGGAGAUCUCGUGCUGACCAUCCUCAUCGCCCUGGCUGUUUACUAUCUGGGCCGCCUUGUGCCUCCAGGUCGGAAUGCCCCAGAGGCUUCCAAGAAACAGAGAAUGGCAGAGACGGAGUCCCCCUAUCAGGAACUCCAGGGCCAGAGAGGAGACGUCUACAGCGACCUCACUCCCCAGCAUGGAUUCUACAGAUGAGUCAGGACUCGGCCCUGAGGAUGCCAGGGUGGGAAGCUUACCGCCUCUGACCCCCAGAACCCACUAACCCCCUACAGCUCCCUGUUCUUGUCAGUGGCCUCAGGAGCCUUUCCCCCUCCCAUCAUUCGUCUCACAAUAAACAUGGAGCAGAGACCUGA